CUGUGUGUGAGCUGCUCCGCGGGGAAGUGACGACCCUGGACCGGUUGGAAGUAAACCACAAUGCGAAAAGAACCGGUUCGCACCCCGCCCCCUCGACAACGCAGUGCUGGGCGAAAGUGAGGGAAAUGGAAGCCGUUCCUCUCGGCUGCGCGUUUUCUGAGAAGACUGAACUUGCGAGGAAUCUCGGCGUCUCGUCCCCGUUUCUACGGCUGGGAGAGGAGACUACGGAUCAGGGUAGGAAAACAUCAAGGACUGGAAAUUCCUCUGCUGGGCUGUUCCGGAAAAUCUGCCGAAGGAAUUCGCACAGUGGCACGAACGCAAUCCAUGGCACAACUAGAGGAGAAAAAAGCAGCGCAGUUGGUACCCUCACCAAGUCCACGCUCCAGAACAUUGAAAGCAGAUCUACCCGGCAGCAAGAAACUACCUACGCAUUAAACGUGGCAAAGAUUGAGGGUGUGAAGUCCUCAAUCGGAACCAUUCCGCGGUCUGCGGCGCUCGGCUCGUGGUAUGGGGACAACGGUCGAGCGAGCAGCUCCGACAGAAGUUCCCUCAACCAAGUCGCGUUUCUGCAAGAAGACCCUCACGUCCGCAACCUGUCCCACGGCCAAUACUUGGCGUUCAUGCGAAAGUUGAGGACGACCAACCCAAUCAGUUUAUUGGCGUUGUCGAAGCGGAUAGGUCCACCUCCCACGGGAAACAAAAAUCAUGCAGAAGAUCAUGAUCUGACAUUGCUAGAAGACAGCAGGCACAAUAAGCGAAAUAAUGAGCGUGACAGCAGUUCCUCUUCUUCUAGUAGCGCCAGAACAUCAAACGCGAAUCUACUUCGCGAGCAGGUUCUCCAGCUUUCCGAGCGGGAAAACGCACUGUACACCACGGAAGGAUCUGCCGAAGCCGCCAUAGACGCCGACGUGAACACCUGCGUCAGUCUCGAGGGACUAGCCAAUCCCUCGUACACGAUGACGCUUCCGAAGCCGGUACAAGUCAAGGGAAUGUCGAUGAACUUCGGGGACCAAACACCACCGGAGAAGAUGCUGUUUUUCGUGGACGACAUUCCGUGUCCGACCAAAUUGGAUGAGUACAAGCUGAAAUCCCGCAACAUGCAGUGCCUGUUCGGAAAAACGGGCGAGAACACGCUGGGCAGAAUCCCGCCGUCGAACCCGCUCGCACGGACCUGGAC